GCGAAGAAGCUGCGACUUUGACCGGAAGCCGAUUUGCGGCAUGCGCUAGUCCAUCCUCGCUCGCGCGAAAAAUGGCGGAAAUGUGUGCAGCUUUACCGACGUCCAAUCGAGGUGUUGUGGGGUAAACCUCGAACCCUGGACUAUUUCUCGGUGGUGCCACUGUGAUGACCUCCGACAACGGUAUGCAAAAAGAAGACGCUGAUGACGACACCAUGCACAACCAAGAUGCCCACCAAGAACAGCCCCACAAGCCGCCGUUCCAGUGCAGCCGUUGUCCACUGGAGUUCACGUCCGAGGUCUUCCUACUGGAACAUCUCGGUCACGUCCACGGCGAUGGUCCAGAUUUUAAUAACCAUGCCAAGAAAGACUUUCCCCAAAACACCCCGGAAAGCUCACAUCACAUUCUUAAAACCGAUCCCCGUGAUAACCACCUCGAAGAUGACGAUGAGAAUUUGACAGCUGAUAUAACCAAAAAGCCAGAGACUGAAACAAUGGCCGUGUCAGCCAAUCAUCAUGGUGAAGAAACAAAAGAUGAUGAAGAGGAACAUUCAAUUUCUACCUCAAGAGUGACUCUUAACUUGUCCAGAGAUUUGAAGACCUAUAAGAAACCAGUACAAACCUCCACUGCCAGCAAGUAUUUCACUGUCGCCGAUAACCAACCAGACAGUGAGCCAGAAGACCAAUCAAAGAACCAAUCAAAAGACCAGUCAGACGAGUCAAACGACCUUGCUCCUGUCCUCAUCGACAUAUCUCACAAACAUACUUACUUGCAGGAAGACAGCCUCUAUCUUGGCCUGAUGCGCCCUAUUAUCGAAACACCCCCGCCGAAGGGCAAGAAAACAUCCGACGCGGACAAGACGGAAGCGACGGACAAGAAGGAGUUGUCCUUUGAAGUAAGUGAAGAUGACGAAGACAAGAACGUCAGUCCGCCCACCUACAGCUGUAAGCACUGUAACCACAAAGACGGCAGCCUCAAACACUUGUCUUUCCAUUACCACCAAAACCACCCGUACGUGCGCUCCAACUCCGACUACAUCCGAGACGAGAACGAUCGGAGUGCCACCUUCCGCUGUCUGGUGUGCCCCGUCGAGUUCCCGAAGGAAAAUGACCUGAGGAGCCACUAUGGCGACAAGCAUGCGGGCUCCCUAGAUAUUUUCAACCUGGGAAUCGAGGGCAUCCACUUAGCGUAUAAAUGUUUCACCUGUACGUUUAUCACGAACGCUUUGGAGACGCUUAAAGAACACUACAAAGACAGGCACCCCGCAGCCAGCGCGCCAAAUCCGUUGAUGUUCCUCAAGUACGUGUCGGCUCCGUGCCGAGAAGACCCGUCGCCCGUCAAGACCCCCGCUUUAGAAAACCCAGAGCCCAACAUAGCUUUGUACCAAUGCAACAGAUGCCCGUUUCGUCACAGGUCGGUCAUCGUCGUACAAGUCCACUACCAGAAAAAUCAUCCGGAAGAAAGCGUCACCAUAGACAAGAUAAAACGACAGGCCGCCGUCGCGCAGAGUAAAAGGCCGCAAUGUCUGAACUCGGAAACGGAAACCGAGGACCAAGUUCACGUCCUUGAAGCUCAGCCGGAGUUGUCUGUGUCUGAAAAAGUUGGCGAAAGCUCCGAAGCUCAAACGAAAUGCGACGAAAAGGUCACAGGAGACAAGGUGACGUCGUCAAAACACGGAGAAGUCAAAGGAACGUCCGAAGCGCUGACAAAAAACAAGGACAAAGUCCUCGAAACGUCUUCACCUGAGAAAGUCAGAAAACGCUCCAAUGUUGUCAUGAAAAGUAAGAAAGUUAAACUCUUCAAAGCUCAGUCUCAAUCUGUCCUCCCCGAGAAAGUCGAUCCUCCGGCGGAGCGAAACAACGGCGUUGACCCGGAACAAACGCAUCAUCAAGCCGAGGAUCUCGUCCAGAACGGUCUGGCCGGAACAACCUCGCGCGAUUCCAAUGGGUCUAAAUUGGAAGAACUGACACCAAAGUGCAAAUCAUCAACUUCAAACCUUUACGCGCGUCCUGAGAAUUUAUUUUUCUGCUAUAAGUGCAACUACGGGAAUCCCAGCAUCAAAGGAGUCAUGGUCCACCAGUUCCGAACACACGAUAAACUCCGGACCACCAGCGAAGCCAUCGUGACUUACACCACCAAGCUUCUCAAUAGUUUGGAGAAAUCGGUAGCGCAAGCCGAGAAUCAGUCCUUCUCCCCCUUGCUGCCUCUUCCCAUCUUGAACAAGGGUGACGAGCACACCUUUUUCUGCCACUUCUGCCACUACCGACGGAGUACCGUCUCCAAGGUGGUCCAGCACUAUGCCAAGAGACACAAUGACUGCGUAGCCACGCCCAAACAGAUCCAAUCGUACACGUUUCGGACUCUCGAGCUGUUACAGAGGACGGACGUCGGCGAGGGGCGGCAAGCCAAAAAGUUCAAACAACCGGCUCCCCAGAAAAACAAGAGCCUCCAGUGCAAGAGCUGCCUUUACAAGACGCACAACCCGAACCUUUUCCGACUGCACGUACGCAAGUGCCAGCGAGGGAAUCACUCCGGUUCGGGGGUUUUAAAAGUCUACCUCAAGCAAGCCAACGUGCAAGCCGGCUACCAGUGCGAUUUGUGUACGUUCUCCCACAAGAAAUCCAGUGUGCUGUACAAACACUACCGCCAGGAACAUCCGGAGAGCAGGUCCAGCCUGGAUUUCAUCACCACCCGCUUAAAGGAAGGUCACGCGAGCUCUCAUUUGAAAAAGAACAGUCGGAUCAAACGAGAGCCAGACGAAAGCCACGCCGGCGGGCAGAGCGAGACCAAGACGUUCUCGUGCCGAGCGUGUUCUUUCAAAGCGAGCUCGGUGAUUUUGAUCCGGGAGCACUACCGUGCUGUGCACCCUUGGUGCCUGAAGGAAGACGGCGUGGUGCCCGGCGUGGACGGCGGCCAAAAGAAGUCCAGCGGCAAGAACAAGGACGACGGGCAAGAAUCGUCCGGAUGCUUUGACGACUACCAGAUCCCUCUGGAGAUGCCGGGCGUGUCGCCCAAAGGCGCCAAAUCAGCGCCAAAGUCUCCGCUCCCGAAAGACGGCGAUCGCAAAGAGUCGGAACAUGGCGUGGAAGAAGAAACCCACAUGCACGUCUUCAAGUGUCCGUACUGCACCUACGUCAACACCAAGCAUCAGGGGGUCCUCACCCACUGCCAAAUGAGGCACUCAUCCCUUCAGUCCCGAGCCAACAGCCUCUACGUGGACGAGGCGCACUUUGACGACUGGAACCAAAAGCACGAGGGCCAGGAAGGAGACGCGUCACACUUCCGAGGCUACAUGUGUCAACUCUGCCCGCAGACCCACGAGACGGAAAAGAAGCUGAGGAGACACCACGAGCGGGACCACGGCGAGACCUCGCCGGCCGCCGCCGCCGCUGCCUCGGAUGAACAGAAAAUGCCCAAAAGCGCCACGUAUAAAAUCAAGAUGACACUUUUCAGGUGUCAGCAGUGCUCGUACAGCUGCAGCAACAAGAUGGCGUUUGAGCGCCACAUGCGCUUGAAGCACAAAAGUCCCGCCUUUCAGGUGUGUCGCUACACUUGCGUCCUGUGCUCCAAUUCCUACUUCAAGAAGAAGCGUCUCGGCAGCCAUUACCAGAAUAAGCACGGCCAGGAGGCCUACCUGAAACACUUUUUGCCGCUCAUCGAGCAGACCCCCGACGACGCCCCCCCCCGACCCGCGGUCCAGGCCGCGAGCAAGAGCAAACGGCUCGUCUACAAGUGUCCGCUUUGCCCCUACGUCAACUCGCGCCCGCACGGCAUGGCCACGCACUGCCAGAUGAUGCAUCCCGACCUCCCCGUCCGGGUCAACGAGUUCGAGCGGGGCGAAGUGCUCAUCAGUAGCAACUACCAGGCGGGCACCAACAACAAGCGAGGCUACCUGUGCAGCUUGUGCGAGGCCAUUUGCAUGUCGCUCAAGAAACUCGCCAUCCACUGCUCCAAGAAGCACUCCGGAAGCUCCAAACAGGAAACCUCCCAAGACGGGGAUUCUCAGGCACCGGCGGUCGAGGCCGAUCCCAAAACGCUUCAAAGGGCCGCCAACGCUUUGUACAGGUGCUCACUGUGUUCUUAUUCGUCGGUGAUCCGCAAACGCCUGGCGGCGCAUUACACCAACCGACACGGAAAGAAAGCCUUCCACAAACACUUUGUCCCGCUCUACCUACGCAAGGUCAAUAAAGUCCCGUCUUCUCCGGAAGCGCCCGAGAACGCCCCGGAAGGUGAGGAACUGCUCUACAAAUGCCAGUUGUGCGAGUACAGAACCUGGGCGCGCCGCUACCUGACGUAUCACUACAACAAGACCCACCAAUUAGACGUGGGAACGAGAGAUAGGCUGCUGAUGGCGUACAAUAAACGCAAAAGGCCCAUCCGUCAGGAUCCUCCCCCAGACUGGGAGCUAAGUCCGCAAGAUGGCGAGCAGACGGCCGCCUCCACUCAAUGCAAAAAGUGCUCCGACUUGUCCUUUGACUCGCCCCAGCUCCUGCUCGCCCACUACUGCGCCAGCCACGACGUGGAACGCCGAAGAGAUUUUACCGUCAUCCACCCGGCGGGCCGCAACACGGGCGUUUAUCGCUGUAAUCGCUGUCGCAAGACCCUGAACGGGAUCAAGAAGCUGAGCCGCCAUCUGGAUCGGCACCGGGAGAAGAGCGCCGCGAAGGUCAUGGCUAAAAAGACGACGGGGACGCCGCUCGAGAAGGUCAAAUCGAACGCUUUGGACGCAACAGCGGAGGGUCUUCCGGGCUGUAGCGCGCCUCCAGAUCAAGAGCCCCCCCCUUUAAGCCGCAUCAUCGCGACGUCUCCUCAGAAAGCCGGUGAGCACGAGCAAGCGGACGCCGCGUCGCUAAGCGAGAUUUACGCCUGCAGUCAGUGCCAGCGCACCUUCAAGUCACGCAACGGUGUGCGAACGCACGAGCGCAGCCACCAGGCGCUUGCGGCCAUCAAGAAGCUGCCGGCCUCACUCUCACAGCUCAAUUUGAACAAGUAUCUUCUCCACAAGCCUGGAACUAUCCGUCCUUUCCAGUGCUCCAUUUGCUUCUAUCGUACCAACCUGAUGGGCUUGUGGAACAACCAUUUGUUGAAAAAACAUCUCGACAUCGUGAUUGAAACCUGUGACGACCAACAGGAGAAUAGCACGGCGACUCAGAGCGCGGACGGCGAUGCUACACAUUUAGGCUGCGGAGUCAUGAGUUGGGCCAAAACGAAUAAAGGAUGCACCAAAGACUGGUACCUGGAACCCCCGGAGGUGCAGCGUCAGCUGAGCCACUUCAGCCUGAUGGCUCAGAAGGGAGCUUCCGCCGCCAUGCCGGCAGCACGGCGGAUGGACAGCGGCGGCUACUUCCGCUGCGAGAACUGCUCCUUCUUCUGCGAGGAUAUGCCAACCAUGCGGCGACAUUACCUCAGUCGACACGGCAGGAAGAUGUUCACCUGCAAGGACUGCGACUUCUUCACCGGCUUAAAACGAGCCAUGAGGGUGCACAUGGACACGGACCAUUCCACGUUCCAAAAAGAAGUUCCUCCGUCGGACUGCCUGCGCUGCCCCUUCUGCCUCUACCAGAGCAACAACAAGAACAACAUGAUCGACCACGUCCUGCUGCACCGCGAGGAGCGUGUCGUUCCCAUGGAGGUGCGGCGGCCCAAGCUGUCGCGUUACCUGCAAGGCCUGGUCUUCCGCUGCCACGUGUGCACGUAUGCCAGCGCCAGCGCCGACAACCUGCGCUCGCACAGCGCCAAGCACCAGCGCGUCAAGCCCUACCGAUGCCGCCUGUGCUACUUUGACUGCGCCAGGCUGGACGAGCUGGAGGCCCACCUGUGCGCAAAGCAUCAGGUGAUGAGGAACCAUGAGCUUGUGGGGCAGGUCAGCUUGGAGCAGCUGGAGAACGUGAAGCUCAACGAGAGACCGGAAUACGAGGAGACGCAGACGUCCACCCCUGAGAACGCCCAAGACGUUUCCCGCCACGUGAAGGAGACAGAUGGCGGGAAACCCACAGAGAAACUAAAGAGUGACUUUGAGAACCACCUCCGAGACAUGGCCGCUGUUAAACAGGAGCAUCAAAAUGACCCUGCCCCACUUGAGUCCAAGGACGCCGAGAGCCGAGAAGAAAAAGAGGAAGAGGAGAAGGUGGAGUGGAGCCCCAAUAAAGGCGAGGAAAAAGCCCACCUCUCAAAACUGCAGACACUGAACAACGAGGCACACGUGGAGAACGGCAUCCUGCGGCACACACUGGACCAGGAGAGCGGGUCACCGAGUUCCUCGCACGGCGAACAACUACGCUCAGACAUUGCGGAAAGCUCGGGAAAUGUGGCCAAGAAGACUCCCAAGAGGGAAACCCUGGCCCCGCUUCUGGGCCACUCCUUGGAGACGUCCCAAGAUGACAAAGCCCACAAAAGGAAGAUCUGUGAAGGACUAAAAGAGGAAGAGAUGAAUGUAGAAGAAGGAAGAGACUGUGAAAACCAAAAGAAGCGGCUCAAGAUGGAGGAUACUUGCACACGGCAAGACGGCGACAUGUCUGAGCUCAAAGGUGUCCACGUGACAUUCCCUUGCAACCUUUGCGGACGAAACCUCCAAAGCGAAGAAGAGCUGAAGCGCCACGCCUCUCGCCACGGAAUGUAGGCCACGAAUGGCAUAACACUACCCACAUAACUCAUUUUCUACAUUUUAGACAUUGUCUAAAGAAACGUGAUUUUUUUUUUUUAAUGUUACACAGGUUUGUUUUGAUAGUUUAAAUAAAGCUUUGAAAAACAGCCGUUAAAUGUCUGACACUUGGUGUUUUUUCAUGUGAAAAACACUUAUAGAACAAUACUACUGUAUAAAAAAAAAAAAAAAAAACUAAUGUUAGAUUUUUGUUUUCAUGGACAAAAACAAACUAGUCAUGUUGCAUUCAUGUGGUGCACGACAUUGUGCCUUCCCGGUGUCUCGUCUUAAAACACAAAUGAUUUGUGUUGACAUUUAUUUGGUUUUAUUUGAUCUGUUUUAUAUAUUUGGUCAUUGAAUAAAUUUAAAUGUUUUGUACAAUAAAAUUUUAGUUUUUUUA